GCAGCCCGGACUCGACGUAGACGCCCGCGCCGCCCGCGAUGGGAAGUGCCUUAUAAAGCCGCGGCUUGCGCGGCGGGACAGACUCCUGGCGGCGCCGCCCAGAGCGCGGACCGCACGCAGCCGCCCCAGAGUGUGUACGGAGCCCGGGCAUAUCCGUGGGGUACCAGCCUCGCCCCACGCAGACGCUUAACCGCCGUUGCUGGGCUCGACCGCGUCCUAAAGAAGGACCCCUGAUCGCCCCUGUCCGGAACCACUCUUGCCCAGGCGGACCCCGGGUUGGGGGCCGAGGGCGCCCCCGGCGGCAGGGGCAUGCGCGGCCCGCGGCAUGGCCUCGGCGGUGUUUGAGGGCACGUCGCUCGUGAACAUGUUCGUGCGCGGCUGCUGGGUGAACGGGAUCCGCAGGCUCAUCGUCAGCCGGCGUGGCGACGAGGAGGAGUUCUUCGAGAUCCGUACCGAGUGGUCGGACCGCAGCGUGCUCUACCUGCACCGCAGCUUCGCGGACCUGGGUCGCCUGUGCAAGCGCCUCCGUGACGCCUUCCCCGAGGACCGGCCCGAGCUGACGCGCGCGCCGCUGCGGCAAGGACUGCUUGCCAUCAAGGAAGCACACGACACAGAGACCAGGCUCAAUGAGGUCGAGAAGCUACUGGAGACUGUCAUCAGCAUGCCCUGUAAGUAUUCUAGGUCUGAGGUGGUGCUCACCUUCUUUGAGAGAUCGCCUCUGGAUCAGGUGUUAAAAAAUGAUAAUGUCCAUAAAAUUCAACCCAGCUUUCAAAGUCCUGUCAAAAUAUCAGAAAUCAUGAGGUCCAAUGGAUUUUGUUUGGCAAACACAGAAACAAUAGUCAUUGACCACAGCAUACCCAACGGGAAGGACCAGCUCCUGGAUGCGGAUUCCACAGAGCAUCUGUUUGAGAAUGGCGGCGAGUUCUCUCCGGAGCUGGAGGAUGGUGAUGACCCAGCAGCUUAUGUCACCAACUUGUCCUAUUACCACCUGGUUCCGUUUGAGACAGACAUCUUGGACUGAGCCACUCCAUCAGGCCUUCUCUGCCUCAGUUGGUCCUUGACUGCAUGUCCUCAUGCUGUCCACUGUGUGGCCCCCACGGGCCAAAGCUGCUGCUCAGCCUGGGCCUCCCGGGCCCUGAGAUUCACCAGGCCUAGAAAUCCUGAAAGCAGAAGCACAGGGGCUCUUGCUGUCCACAGGCUGACGCCAGCAACAGGAGGCCACGUGCCCUGCAGCUCUGAGGGGUCUUCCACCAGCACUCAGCCCCGCUAGCCUGCCUCUUCUCCCGGGACGCACUGUUCCUGCGGGCCAUGCUUCCUCUUGUUCUCACUGCCUACUCGAAGGGAGCGUUCCGCUUGGUCACACGGCUCUGACUCCCCACAUUUCUCUCAUGUGUCAAAGGCACAUUUCAAGAGGAUUUUUGAUGAGUCACCAAGGUCUGGACCACAAGGGCAGGGGAGAGUAAGUGACUCAGGGCUUCCCUGAGAUGUGUGGCUUUUGUUUCUUGCUUUACAUCUCCUCCCUGGAAAUGGGGUUUGGGGGUCAGCUGGAAGGAGUGUUUACACAAUGUCAAGCCUGGAGGGAAGUGCUGGCUUCAGGGAGGGGAAAGCAUUCAGAGUCCUGUGUGUAUGAACCCAGUGUGAAGUUUUCCUCCAGAGAAAAGAGUUCCCUCCUCUCUGCCAGCACCGGUCAGCUCUUCUGCCUGACUGUGAUGCUGUUACCAUCUCGGGUGCUCGAAGCUCCUCCCCUGGUGCACUCAAUGGCACAAUUGCCAUGAUGAAUCAGAAAGGAAGGGAUGGGGAGGAAGGGAAGCUUACGGCUUGGACCACAGGAAAGUCUGGGUCCUGCCAGCUCGUCUCCUCACUGUGUCUACUAACGACCAGCAUUUGCUAAUGUAAAUAAUAGUAAAUUAUUGAAAAUUCUAAUUCUUUUACACAGUCUGUUUUUAAUCUAUUUUAAUUAAAUAAAAUCUAUUGCUCUACUUUGACUAGCA